GCUUUCUGCGACUCAUUGUGUCAGUGAUUUGUGUUUGUAGCCGAACAAAGGUGAAGAAUGACUACUCGGCCGUUGCAAGCGUUGGGCGGAGCUCUGGGGGCGAUGGCCCCAACCGAUUCGCUGUUCCAGGGCGCCAAUGAGGGGCCCGCCCAGACUGCCGCCAAACUGACGGGCGUGCAAACCGUCGGCCAACGCGCCGACGAUGCUUCUUACUUCACUAACAAUGAAGGCAUUCCCUUUCCCGACCCCGCUCACAGCAAGACUGCGGGGGGUAUUCCCGUCAUCUCCGAUACUUUUCUCAUUCAGAAGCAGCAGCAUUUCAAUCGCUCCAAGAACCUGGAGCGUAUGGUUCAUCCUUGCGGUAGUGGCGCCUUCGGAUACUUCGAGACCACCAAGGACGUUUCCUCGCUGACAAAGGCCAACUUUCUGAGAUCCUCCGGUGUCCGAACCCCCGUCUUCGUCCGCUUCUCGACCGUCACCCUCGGCAGAGAGUUCCCCGACCUCGCCCGGAACCCUCGCGGUUUCGCCAUCAAAUUCUACACCGGGGAGGGCAACUAUGACAUUGUGGGAUUGAACUUCCCAGUCUUCUUCUGUCGCGACCCGAUUCAAGGCCCCGAUGUGAUCCGCUCCCAGUACCGCAACCCCCAGAACUUUCUGCUGGACCACAACUCGCUGUUUGAUUUGCUUGCGAACACACCAGAGGGUAACCAUGCAGGAAUGAUGUUCUUCAGCGACCAUGGUACGCCGGUCGGAUGGCGGAAUCAGCAUGGCUACGGCUGUCAUACUUUCCGAUGGGUGAAUGCCGAGGGCCGAUUCGUCUACAUCAAGUACCACUUCCUCGCCGACGGCGGCCAAAAACAGUUCACCGCCGAUGAAGCCCAGCAGCACGCUGGAGCUGACCCAGACUACUCCAAGCGCGAUCUCUGGAGAGCGAUCGAGAACGGAGAAAAGGUCUCCUGGACCGCCCACGUCCAGAUCAUGCAGCCCGAGGAUGCCGAUCCGUCCGUACUGGGCUUCGACCCAUUCGAUGUCACCAAAGUGUGGCCGAGAGACAAGUUUCCGAUGGUCGAAUUCGGCAAGCUCGUGCUCAACAAAAACCCCGAGAACUUCCACCGCGACGUCGAGCAGGCCGCUUUCUCGCCGGGCAGCAUGGUGCCCGGCAUCGAGGACAGUCCGGACCCGCUCCUGCAAUUCCGCAUGUUCUUCUACCGGGAUGCGCAGUACCACCGCAUUGGCAUCAACCUCCAUCAGAUCCCAGUCAACUGCCCCUUUAUGACCAAAUCGUACUCUUCGCUCAACUUCGACGGCCAGAUGCGUGUCGACGCCAACCACGGCAUGAAGCCGCAAUACGUGCCCAACAGCUUCGCCCACAAGUUCCGGCCCGACACCGCCGAGGCGCCAUACCAGGUGGCGGACAACAACGUCGGGCGCAAGUCGCACUUCUACCACGAGGGCAAGGACUCGGAGUAUGACCAGCCGCGCGAGCUGUACCACCGGGUGAUGGACGACCGCGCGCGCCAACACCUGCACGACAACACCGCGCGGCUGCUGCGGGUGGUAGAGUACCCCGAGAUCCAGGCCAAGUACCUGGCGCAGCUGUAUCGGGUGGCGCCCGCGUAUGCGCGCGGCGUGUACGAUCUACUGCCGGAGAAGAAGUUCGAAUUUAGCGAGGUGGAGAAGCGGUCGCAGGGGGCGGAAAGCGCGGGCAAGACGGCCAAAUUCAUGCCCAGCGUCGAGACGGACAAGCUGGUGGGGAUGUGUCCAGCGAUGCCGAUUUACAAUGUUUGAGGUCUAUGCUUUGAUAAUGGUUGACGCGAGGCUAGUGUAUGUCUGUCUCACGUUUGAGUCUGGUGUUGGUUACGCUGUUCCAUGAAAACUGGUCAUUCUAUUAAUCUGCAAACUAUCUCAACUGUCACUAAGUCGUACACAUAGUACGAUAUACAAUGCACAAGGCAAGGAAGUAGUCCUCGGUUGCAAGACAAGCCCGUCGACUGAGUCGCUCAGGACAUGCAUGCACUGAAACGCAGGGAGAG